AUCAAUACAAUUGCUCUCUAUCUUUCUUGUGCGAUUCGCUUGCUUCGCCGGAGAAUUACGUCACUGAUCGGAUCAACAAGGUAAUUCUGCCGUCGAUUCAGUUCCCAAACUUUCCGGCAAGAUCUGUGAAUGUUAGAUAACUGAACGAAGAAUUUGGAUUUCUGAAAGUUUGUUCGAGAACUUUUGGGGUGAAUUUGCAAUCUUUUUUCUUUAUGAAUUAAGGUUUGAGUAUGGAGGGUAGUGUGAGAUCAGGAGGUGUAGUGAAGAAGAAAAGUUCAUCUGGGUGUUUGAUAAUUAAGAAGAAAGAUGAUAGAAUAGGCAUGGGUGGAGGAGGGGGUGUGGGUUCUUCAAGGGGUUCACAGAAGGUGAAAAAGAGGCCUAGAUUGGUUGAGAGUGAUUCGGAGUCGAGUGAAGAGUCAUUGGAACCAAUUAGGAGAAAGGGUGGAGAGAAAUUUCACAAUGGGUCAGUUGGCAGUGGAAAAAGUGGCGUGGAAAGUAGGGAAUUUGGUAGGAAUGGGAAUAUUGAAAGUGAGAGUAAGAGAAGUAAGUUAGAUUUGUUUGAUUUCGACGAAUACGAUGAAUUCAAUGAGGAGAUGAAGUGGAAUUCUGCAAGAACUGGGAGUUCUAGUAGGAAUAUGAUGAUUGAGAAGAGGAAUCACUCUAAUAUUGAUAGUUCUAAGGAAAGGAGUGAUUCUGAUGAUGACGAUGAAGCACAUAUGCCAAUUUCAUUGCUUAGGUUGAAGAGUAGGGAAUCGUCUCAAGAACCAAUUAGAUUUCAAGGGAAAAAUGGAGUCUUGAAGGUAAUGGUGAAUAAGAAGAAGAAGAUAGACUUAUCACACAAGGAUUAUGAUGUUGAAAGUAGGAAAGGUUCCAGUUCUGACGAUGGUGUCAAGAAGGAUGUGCUACGCCGAGCUUCUUUGCACUCGGAUUCUAAACGCCCUGAAAAACGACCACUGUCCAUUAAAACGGAGCAGGCUGAGCUGAAAUCACAAAAAUCUUUCUUGGCGAAAGGCAUUAAGUCUAUAGACUCUGAAAAUGAUGGAACUGAUACAUCACUUAAGUUGGCACCACCUAGUUCAAAGACGAGGAGGAUUAAGGAAGAAAGCAGGUCUGUAGCAGCUGAAGAUGUUACCCCUGCUAAGAACAAAGAAGGAAAAUUGAAACGUCGUGGGAGUAUGGAUAAGCAGCAGCUUCAGCCUGCUAGCUCAAAUGCUAGGGUGAUUAAGGAAGAAAACAGGUCCAUAGCAGCUGAAAAUGUUACCCCUGCCAAAAGCAAAGAAGGAAAAUUGAAACGAGGUGGGAGUACUGAGAAGCAGCAACUGCGUGAGAGGAUCAGAGGAAUGCUUAUUGAAGCUGGAUGGACCAUUGACUAUAGACCAAGAAGGAACAGAGAUUACUUGGAUGCAGUGUAUAUUAAUCCUAGUGGAACGGCAUACUGGUCAAUAAUUAAGGCUUAUGAUGCACUGCAAAAACAGUCAGAGGAAGAUCCAGGAAAAAGUAAACUUGAUGGUGACUCUACUUCGUUUGCUCCAUUAGCUGAUGAUUUAAUCAAUAAGCUAACCAGGCAAACACGGAAGAAGAUUGAGAAAGAAAUGAAAAAGAAAAGAAAAGAUGAUGCCAAGAACCGAGAUUACAUGAAGUCUACUAUGCAAGAGUCUGCAGAGGACACAGAUGAUGAUCAGCAUGAGGAAAGACUAAGUAGCUAUGUAAAGAAGAAAGGUAAGUUUCUGAAAUGCAAGUCGCAUGCAACAGAUCAGGAGACUGAUGGUGAUACAAGUGACGAUUCUUCAAAGGGAGGAAGAUCUAGGCAAGAUAUGUCCGGAAAAUCAUCUAUUGGAGCUGCUUCCAGUGAAAUACAGGGAAGAAAAAGUAGGAUAAUUGGGCGAUGUACAUUGUUGGUUCGCAGAUCUGAUAAGGAGCAAGAUUCUGAAAGCGAUGGCUAUGUUCCUUAUACUGGAAAGAGAACCUUAUUGGCCUGGAUGAUCGACUCUGGGACAGCGAAGUUAAGUCAGAAGGUUCAAUAUAUGAAUCGUAGGAGGACCAGAGUAAAGCUAGAAGGUUGGAUAACACGAGAUGGCAUCCACUGUGGUUGCUGUAGUAAAAUUCUUCCAGUUUCAAAAUUUGAGCUGCAUGCAGGAAGUACAUUGCGUCAACCAUAUCAAAACAUAAUCUUGGAGUCUGGUGUUUCUUUGCUGGAGUGCUUGGUUGAUGCAUGGAAUCAGCAAGGAGAAUCUGAUCGCGAAGAUUUCCACACUGUAAACGCCGACAGUGAUGACCCUGAUGAUGAUACUUGUGGUAGAUGUGGUGAUGGUGGGGACCUUAUGUGUUGUGAUGGCUGCCCUUCGACUUUUCAUCAAAGCUGUCUGGGUGUACAAAUGCUUCCUCCAGGCGAUUGGCUCUGUCCAAAUUGCACAUGCAAAUUUUGUAACACCGGCAGUACUAUCACAGAGGAAGAUGAGGGAGCUGUAGAUGAGCUUCGCUGGUGCAGCCUCUGUGAGAAAAAAUAUCAUAAAUCAUGCAGUCUGGAUAUGAAUGCUAUACCCUCUAGUUCUAAUAGUCCAUCUGUAUCGUUUUGCGGGAAGAAAUGCCAAGAGCUGUAUGAUCAUCUGCAGAAGAUUCUUGGUGUCAAACAUGAGAUUGAAGCUGGAUUCUCAUGGUCCCUAAUUCAACGAACGGAUUUAGACUCUGAUCAUUCUCAUCAUGCCUUUUCUCAACGGGUGGAGUGCAAUUCUAAACUAGCUGUUGCACUGGCUGUUAUGGAUGAAUGUUUUUUGCCGAUUGUGGAUAGGAAAAGUGGCAUCAAUAUUAUUCAUAAUGUUCUUUAUAACUGCGGCUCAAACUUUACCCGGCUGAAUUUUCAUGGCUUCUAUACGGCAAUCUUGGAAAGGGGUGAUGAAAUAAUAUCUGCUGCAUCCAUAAGGAUCCAUGGAACUCAACUUGCAGAAAUGCCGUACAUUGGGACCAGGAAUAUAUAUAGGCGCCAAGGGAUGUGCCGCCGGUUGCUGUCUGCUAUUGAGACGGUCCUCUCCACACUGAAAGUUCAGAAGUUGAUUAUUCCUGCUAUAUCUGAGCAUAUGCAUACUUGGACCAUAGUUUUUGGAUUUAAUCCACUUGAGGAAUCACAGAGGCUAGAGAUGAAGUCCAUCAAUAUGUUGGUGUUUCCUGGGACAGAUAUGCUACAAAAGAGGUUACUAAAUGGAGAGACCCUAGAGGCUGGUAUAAAUGCUGGUGAUUCAAAACAUAGUGUUCCUCGGUUGCCUGCUUUGGUUGAAAAAGCUGAUAAGGACUCCGACUCCCCUACUAAGUGCGACGGGAACUUGCAAGAUCAAGCCUGCAUAGAAAAAGUUGAUGACGGUGUUGGUGCUUCUGAUUCUCUAUCUACACCUGUUGAUUUAAGUGAUAGUGCUUUGGUUAGAACAGAAAGUGCUGAUUGUGGAUCAGAUAUUCAAAUCUCCACUAAGGAGGCUACAUCUGUCCAAUGCAAUAUGGAGAAGAAGCUGCCUGAAUCGACCACAAAAUCAAGGCCCUCCUCUCCUUCCGGUCCAAGUAUAGGAAACACUGAUUCGGGAGAUGUUUCAUUGGGUCCUUCCACAGAAGUUGAUGACCAGUCAUCUGAGCCGGUCCAUCAAAAAUUGUGCAUUUCAUUGGAUGAAGCUUCUGCCAGAAACAUUGAGGUAGAGAAACAGAAUGAGGAGGUUUCAGAUAAUAUUUCCAUUGAUGCCAAUGGGAAAGGUUUAUCGGCAGAUACCAAAGCUAGUUGUUUUAAAGAACCUGCUGCACCAAGUGCAGAAGAAGAAACUGACAAGACAAAAGUUUCAGUAUGUGUCUCUGCAACUUGUGAGAGUACAAAGCCUUCCAUAGAUGUCCUCUCAGACUCUACUCAACCAAGUACACCUGGCGUGCAGAAUGGGCGAAAUGUGGUUUUAAAGCAAACUUCUGAUAUUAAACGUCUUGAUGACGGAGAUGUUUCCCUGGAAGAGGGUAAUUUGGAUGCCUCUCCAAUUGGUGAUGGAGUUAAUGACAAUAAUGGUGCUGAAGUUUCUUCUUCUAAAUCUGCAAUUGAUUCCUCGGUUGAAACUUCUUUGAAUGCUGCCCCAGAAAAUAACAUGGACUGUCAACUUUCUCUCUGUCCUGGAUCUCAAGCAUGUGGCUUGAACCCUUCUGAUGGCUGUUCUGAAGCAAAAGUUUCUCUUGAUGAGAAGAUAGUUCACUCUGAUCCUGGUCGGGCAGAAACUCAUGAAGUAACUGUAGCGGGCAGUUGCAGUGGAACUGUUGAUUCUUCUGCUGAUGUUUCUGCAGAACUUGCUGCUGAAGAAAAGAUUUAGACUCUGGUCUAGGCCUAUUGAUGCUAAUCACACUGACUAUGCUUACUUAAACAUCACGGUAAUCAACGUAAGCUUGAUGUCGGAUUUUGUACAAGGUCUCCUACGAAGUUGUUUCCUCUCCUGAACUACUUUUGGGUAAUCAAGGUCAUCUCACGUUCCUGAAGCUGUUUGUGUUCUGUCAAUCAAACCAAUUUUGAUUCUUCAGUGGGUUAUGUCGUAAAGGGAAAGAAGGAAAUAGUUAUUCAGGAAGGCAAUUAUAAAAAAAUUGGUCUAGAAGUUGUGCAGUUUCUCUGCUGUCAUCUAGGUGGAGGGUUUCAGAAAUGUAUAGCAGCUUUUGAUUGGAUGCUCUGAAACCAAUGUCCUAAACCAUCUGUGGAAAUUGAGACACUCAGAGCCCUUCAGGAGCUGGUGUAAUGGAAAUUGUCUUUAUCGAUCUAUCAGCAUAAUGGAGUGUCUGUCUGGUAGUAGUUUGGCGGUACAAUCACCAGCCUAUUAGUAGUAUCAUUAUCAAAAGGGUAUGUGAAUUGUACCUCAUGGAUACGGCAGCAAAUUUUGUGAACCUUGUGGACUCCAUUGGUGAGAGACACCAACAAAGAUUUUGAAUGUACAUAUGUAGUUUUGUGUAGAUCUAAUAUUCUGUUACCAAGGUCCUCAGAUAUCCUUGUAAUUCAUCAAUUGAAAUGAUAAUAUCACCAAAUAUCCAAGUUUCUGGUUAA